AUGGAGGCCUUUAUUUUGAAUUGUGACUUCUCAUGCAUAAAUGAUGAGGUGGCAAAUAACUCUGGAGAGGAGAUCAACAUGUUCAAUACAGAGUUAUCUUCCCUUGAUUGUGAUGGGACUCUGAGUAUAGUUGAAGCGUUCCAGAGAAGAGUGUGUGUCACUGGUUUCCCAGCUAUACGGACACCAGGGUUUGACCUGGCUGAUCGCAUCCUUAAGAUCUUACUUAAUGCAUCAAGUGAGAAAAUAAAAGAAAAUUUGUUGUCCUCAGAGACUCUGGAGGACAAACUCCUGGACUUUUAUGUGGGUCUGUUAAAAUCAGGACCAGGGAGCAGUCAUUCUGAAUUUCUCAAAACAAUUACAAAAAACAUAGAGUUCAAGGAUUUGUAUGGAGAUAAACUAAAGAAGGUUGUCGAAGGAUUUAAAGCCAUUUUUUAUGUGAACGAGGCAGAUGUAUCAAUCUAUAGUAACACAGUCCAACGGUUGUACCCAGAACAACUUGCUAACAUGGUCAUCAGGAAGGACGACAAGGAACGUCUGAUGUUGCCUGAGGUUCACAAAGCUUGCCUGGACUUGUUUGUCUUCUAUCUGGUUCAGCUUCCCCAGAUAUCAGUCACACUGAGAAAAACACUCAUCACUGCCCAGGACAAAAUCUACCAGGCUUACGACAGACAGCCAUUUUGUGGUUUACAAGAUGCUGUUUUCUACAGGAAACAGCUGACGAAGCUUCAGAAUUUUAUCAAGGAUCCAGAGUUCCCUCAAAGUCAAGAAAUCGCUGAAAAAACAAAAUAUAAACUGAAAGACAUAUUUCAGAUUAAGGACUCCCACAUGAUAGAGGAGACUUAUGGAGACAUUGCUGAAUUGUUGAAGGUUCUGAGUCUGAAGACUUUAGCUCCAGAGGAAAAGUCCCUGUUAGAAAGGCUAGAUGGUUUCUAUAGAUAUAUUCCAGAGGAGUGCUUUAAGAAUCCCAAGUUGUUUGAGAUAUGGUCUUUGACAGCAGUUGAGAUACUCAAGAAAUCUCCAAAAGAGACAACAACAGGCGACGAGUUGGAAAACGCAUCAGAAAAAUACAUACGUCAUCUAAAACCCAAGACAGAGUUGGCCAGAUUUUGGCUGUCUUUUGUUGUUGGAUGUUGUUCCUGGUGCAACAAAAAUUUAAUGGAGGCUGCUAAUCGUGUCAUCAACGAAAGUAAAUGGAAAGGCACUUGGAAAUGGAAGGAGAAUGUGUCCACAGCUAGGGAGAUGAUAGUGGCUUUGACGUCUGUGGAUUAUUCCACAUGUGAAAAUGUUGAGGAGUAUUCCUCAAAAGCUGGAUCUUUUGUGGAGGAGCUUAUGGAGCAACUCAAACUGCUGAAAGUAGCUAAGCAAUUGGAGGUGGAGUUAGCUGAGCUUGUCAUGGUAACUAUGGAAGCUGUUGGCAAGGAGAUAAUGGUGGACUCACUCUGUAAUUCAGCAAGUGAAAUGGUGUCCUUACAGAACAACAAACACCUGAUAGCUGGUUACUUGGACAGGUUCCUUUGUCUACUGCAGAAUGAUGAUUAUGACUGGGACAUGGGUUGGAUAUUUACUGCAGGACUUAAUUUCUUCAACAACCUUGUCAAGUCAUCCAGUGGUGAUGAAGUGCGGGACCUGGAAAUGGAUGAUGCUUUCCUGCGCGUCUUCCUCUUCUGUCUGUCAGAGGAGAGGGAAUACAUAAGUCUGCAGACACAGCACCUCAAUAUCUUUGGUUUGAUAGCAGUAGCUGGAUUACCUCAGUACAUCACCUUGCACAGAGAGAAGAAGACGAUAGGAAGAUUGAAACCCUUAGUUCCUCACAUACAGAAACUGAUGGAUAAUGAGGAGGAGCUAAUCAGCUCCAAUAUGAGGAUCAUAAUGCAGUUGUUUGGACAGGAGACGUCCCAGUUAAUGGACACAAAGGGCAUGGAGGAUCUCAUUAAUCUCUAUCUCAGGGAGAAGGACUCCAGUACUCUAAAUGCUAUAUCAGCUGGUUAUGAUGGAAAUUCGGAGACAUUUGCGACCUACUUUCUGCCACUGAUCCAGACAUUUUCUCAGAAAACACAGACAAACGAACUGGCAAUGCAGGCCAUGUUGAUAAAGAAAGUGUCAGAGAGCCAGCCUGAGCUGUUCACAACAGAAGUCUUGGAGUUGCUGUUUAAGCAUCAUUUCAUGGACAAAAAUGUCAACCCUCAAGUACUGGUAGUGUUGGAGACAGUAUCAAAAACUCGCGCUGAAAACCUGGAGCCAUUCCUGGAGGAUUAUCUAAUGAAGAGUGAACUCAUGAUGGAAUUAACUGCUCAUUACCAAUUCACCAUCAUAGUUAGGAUAGCUGCUAAAUGUCAGAGUAAACAAGGAUUAGUGUAUUCAUAUUUGAUGAAGAGACUGAAGGAAUCAAACACUGAACAAGUUCUGACAUCAAGUAUACAGGGACUGAGAGAAUUACAUUCAAUCUUUGGUGCCGAAAUAUUCACCUCUGAAGACAGGAACUAUAUAGAGAGUUUGAAAACAAAGGGGCAAUCUCAAGCCUUGAGAGAUCUAGCAGAAAAUCUUGUGGAUGAAUUGGAAGGCAGAAGUCUAGAGGGAGUGUCCCGAGACAUUGAAGAGCAGUCAGGACAGAUAGAAAAAUUAGAGGUGGGUGUGGCAGGAACGAAGGUUGUACUGAAAAAGGUACAGAGAGAUGUCAAACAGCAGGGAGAGGAGGUAGAAAAUGUCAAAGAGGGGCUGGGGGAGGUGAACACACGGGUUGAUCAAGUAGAGGUGGACGUGGAAGAGACAAAAGAAAGAGUGGAAGAGGUGGAUAAAAAGACUAUGAGUAAUGCACCUACUUGGUCAAGAGAUGUCACAAAAUUGUUGAACCCAGAAUCUGAACAUGACUGGAGACUCCUGGCUAGUCGCCUUGGUUACAGUCCAGAUGACAUCAGAGGCUGGGCCACCCAAUCAGAUCCUUGCAUGGCCUUGCUGAGUGAAUGGUAUGCCACACACAAGACAUUUGAGGCAUCUAGAGGUGUACUGAAUAUCCUGCAGGAGAUGAAUCGUUUGGAUGCUGCCAUUAUUGUGGAAAAUGCCAUGAAGGCUGCAGAAGGGGUGGUAGCUGAUGAACCAGUGGAUUACCCAGAACCCCCAGAGAUCUUCCUUAGUUACCAGUGGGGUCACCAGAAUGAGGUCAAACUCAUCAGUAGACACCUGGAGAUGGCUGGAUAUAAAUGCUGGAUGGAUGUGGGGCAGAUGGGGGGUGGGGAUAAGCUGUUUGAGAAGAUUGAUUCUGGGAUUAGGGCGGCCAAAGUAGUCAUCUCUUGUGUGACGGAGAAAUACGCAAAAUCACCCAACUGUAACAGAGAGGUCAAUUUGUCUGUGAACCUUGGGAAACCAAUGAUCCCGCUUCUGUUAGAGAAAAUGCCCUGGCCACCGACAGGUUCAAUGGGACCAAUUUUCAGCGAGUACCUGUUCAUCAGAUUUUUUCAAAGACCAGGAGAGGAAACCAAAGAUGACCGAAUCUGGCCAGCUGCUAAGUUUAUGGAACUUCUCAUGCAGCUCAACUGUUUAAAAGUGAUGCCAGAUCAACAGAAUAUUUCAGAGGAGUAUAAGAAUUGGUGGAUACCAGUUGUGGAAAACAUUGUAAUUCCUAGAAAACAGGACAAAAAAGUGGAAAAUUCACCUUCAGCCACCGAGCAGCAGAAGGCUGCAUCUAAAGUGGUUUCCCCUGAUAUUUUUAUCUCCUAUCAAUGGGGUAAACAAAAAGAAAUCAUGGCCCUGUACCAGAGACUGACCAGUCUGGGGUUUACCUGCUGGAUGGACAUCCAUCAAAUGGGAGGAGGGGAUUCCCUGUAUGACAAGAUUGACUGUGGGGUCAGAGGUUGUAAGGUUGUCUUGUCUUCAGUUACCACUAAGUACGCUUUGUCUGCCAACUGUAGGAGAGAAGUCAGUCUGGCUGAUGCUCUGAAGAAACCUAUCAUCCCCAUGUUGAUGGAAAAAAUAGACUGGCCCCCAGGUGGACCAAUGAGCAUGGUUCUUACACAACUAUUGUAUGUUAACUUCUCAAAGGACGAGUCCAUUCAGUUAACAUGGGAGGGAAAAGCAUUUGAUGAACUGCUUAAGAAAAUUGAGGAACACAUUCCCAUAUCCAAUGAAAGUAAUGAUCAGGACAAGAAGACAGAGGGGUCAUCCAAUGUUCCCAAAACUGUAGACUCCUCUUCAAACAAUAGUGACGGUAAAAAGCAAGGUGACCUUGAAAGUGAAACUCCCUCCAUUCAGAAAAAGAACUCGCCCUCAGUGUCUGUACAACCACAGACAAAGUCUGCUAGUGUAGAACAAAGUAGUGAAGUACAGUCUCACACAAAUGACACCAAAAAGAAGUCAGCGGCUUGUUGUAUACUAUAAUAUUUGUAC